AUGAGCCGUAUCACCAAUCCGAACGUCUCCGCGAUUUUCAAGCGGCCGUGGGUGGAAAAGUGGUUCAUUCCACUUUCCAACUGGUAUGUCAACUUGGCUGGAUGGCGAAAAUUAGGUCUGAGAUACGAAGACUUGAUUCCCGAAGAAAAUGAUGUCGUCCAGCUGGCCCUAAAGAGAUUGCCACCCAAGGAGGCCUACGACCGCGUCUUCCGACUCCGAAGAGCUUUCCAAUGCUCCUUGUCUCAUCAAAUUCUACCUCCAGAAGAACAUACAAAACCAGAAGAUGAUAUUGCAUAUCUGAGCCCUAUCAUUGCGGAAAUAGAGGCCGAGUUGAAGGAACGUCAUGAUUUGGACACCGCACAGGUUGAGAAGAAGAAGAAGUAG